AUGGCGGCUAAGGUGGUGGCGGCAGAGCAGCUUCGGCACCGCGCGAGGCCGGGUCCCGACCCGGCCCCACCCCACAGGCAGUUCGGUGGCGGCGGUGCUUUUCCCCCCCGGCUCUCUCCUCCCUUAUCCGGACUGCCCACACCCAUUUUGGCUACAGUGGAUGGGCAAGAAAAGUUUGAAAUUGAAGUCACCACGCUGGAUAACAUGCUUCGUGUGGCAUCCCCAAACAAGUUUGGAGAAUUUUGUUCGGUAGGAAUUCUUAUUCAGAAUCGAGAUAUGAGACAAAUACGUUAUUGGAAAACGACAGGACCGCGUGCGGAUGGUAAAGGUCCGCACGCGGCGGGCAUGACCGGCGAGGUCCCGCACGCAGGCUCACAGAGGAAGGCACAGAGUCGGCGCGAACGCCUGACCCUCGAACCGCGUCCUGACCCGGAACCGCUUCUCCCGGAGGUGACCCCUGAGACUGCUUACCCGGAAAAUACUGUUGGUCUCCACUGCCUCAGCGCCAAAAAUACAGCAAAGAUCUGUGGAGAGGGAUUUAAUUCCCGCCUGAGAAACGACUACACGCCCCACCUCGUGGUGCUGGCUGGGGUGGUGGAGCAUGAGCACCUGGUGGAAUGUGCCAGAAAGUGCCUCCCGGGAACCCGAGCCGCCUGGGCAUGUGAGAAAGCUGAGGACGAGGACAGAUCGGUAUUGCAGUGCACAGCGGGAGCUGCCAGGCUGGAAGACGACAGGUCCAGCGUCAGCCCGGGCCCUGCCCUGUUUCCGGAGCCCAUGCGCGUCAGGACAGGACUGAAGAGCUGUUCCUUCUUGGAGGAAGAUUCCAUCCUGCGCGUGCUGAACUGGUUGGCAGGCGGGGGCAAGGGCAUGUUUCCCAGGCUGUCCCUCAGCGAGCUCAACAGGCACCACUGGAUGUCCGGCACAGCCUCCCACCCCCACAGCCAAGGCGACGCGGACCUCUUGUGAGUCCACGCCUGCGCCCACCCUGGCCAGGUUCGAGGAAGCCUGGAAAUCUUCAUCAAGAAAUUCAUUUUAAUGGCUGGGACUGUGGAUGUGGUGGAGCUGCGGGGAAUGAAGACGUAGCCGAUGUCCAUGGGCAUGCUGAACCUGGAGUCCAGGCCUGUGAUCUAACAGGAUGUAGGGAAGCAGGUGCUGACUACCCGUUCCAGAAAGCUGCCCUGCGAGCCGUGCACACUCAUCUCCAAGGGGAAGCCAAAAGACAUCUGGAGAGUUGCUUCUAAAAUGCUCCACAACAGGUCACGAUCUCACAGUUAG